AUGCGACACUCUACCUGCCACCUGCCCAAUGGCCUCACAUUCACCGUCGCCCCAGUCUUCGGCGGCGUCACCUUCAAGUCCAACGAGCUGAAUCUCCACAACUCCGUCUUCCCGCCCGGAUGGACCAUUAUAAUCCACAGCGAGAAGCUCGACCGCAGCUCCCACGACUCCGACGACCCGGACAAUUUCUCUCGCUUCAAAACGCCCACCCUAAACCGCGACUGCAUCUAUAUCUCGUACAUCGUCAGUCCGCCGUCCAGCGAGUUCAAGGCCCCCAGCUCCCCCACCCGCCAGAUCGCCAUGAUGCUCUGGGCCACGCUGUGGUGGUACUUCCACGAACCAGAACCCGACCUCCGCCUGGAAACCGAGGCCUCGAGCAAGACACCCCACGACGCGCGUCCCAAGGGCGACUGGAUCGUCAAUAUCAAGCGCGAGGGCAUCUUCAAGGGCCGCAACCUGCUCCAGAAGCUCGAACGGAUGGGCUUGAUCGCCAGUCAGGACUCAUCAGUGGGUCUGCAGCCGGUCGAAACGCGCGAUUCGUCCAGCUGGGCGAAUAUGUUUGUCAGUCGGCGCAGCUUCUGGCAGCUUGACCCGCGUCUCUUCCUGUUCACUCUCACGCCGCGUGGAGCGGCGCCCUCGCCGUCUUUGACGCCCUUGCAGUCCCGGGCUUGUUCGCCUCAUCGCGCAACGCCGUCCCCAACGCGGGAUGGACUGCCCGCCACAUUGGCGCCGACGGAGGCGACCUUCCACACUGCGAACGUCGGCUCAUUCACCUCCGGUGGUCCGUUUACCUCUGGCAGCCACUUGCCUACGUACUACCCGCCCGCACCCACACAAUACACAUAUUCGAAUGGAGUACGGCACCCGGUCCGCCCCAAACCGCCACACCAGGGCGAAAUAUUCUACGUGCGCUACAUCAUCAGCGUGAGCCAGUACCUCUCGUUCCGCGUUCCGUUCCUACCCAUGACCAAGCCCGGAGCUGCCCAGACCAGCGGCAGCGGUGACAGUCGCCCAUCUACGCCGACCAUCUCAUCGGUAACAAGCGUGGAGCAACACCUCAGCCACGACGGCUGCUCAGAUCUGGAUACGCUGCACAGAUGGAUGAACGACCCCCGCGUCGAGGCAAUGUGGGGAGUCGGUGGCCCGAAAGUCGAGCAGGAAAAGUUCUUGCUUGCCAACUUAACCAGCAAGCACAGUUUCCCCGUCAUUGGAUGCUGGGAUGGGAAACCAUUUGGGUACUUCGAGAUCUACUGGGUGAAAGAAGAUCCGCUGGGUCGAUUGCUGGAUCGGGUGGAUAACUAUGAUCGUGGCAUCCACCUUCUCAUCGGCGAGCAGGAGUUCCGCGGUCCACACCGCGUUGGCGUGUGGUUGAGUGCACUGGUACACCAUUGCUUUUUGGCGGAUAUGAGGACCGAGACGGUGUACCUGGAGCCGAGGGUGGAUAAUGCCAAGAUAAUCAGCUAUCUGCAGGAAGCGGGCUUCUACAAGGAAGGAGAAGUCAGUUUUCCGCAUAAACAGUCCGCCGUCAUGAAGAUCCGGCGAGAAUAUUGGGAGGCUCCAAUGUUGUAG